AUGUUUGCAAAUGGAGACACUGACCCCGUUCAUCUGCUAGGUCGUGCUAUAUUAGCACCAACACUCGAUGUGGUCAACGCAAUCAAUGACUAUAUGACUGAGUUGCAUAAUGACGAAAGCAGGUCAUACUAUAGUUCAGACGCAGUAUGCAAAGCUGAUGGCGACAACGGUAUAUUUGGAGAUGUACACACACCGAUAUUUUUAAACAGCAUUAGGGUUUCAGGUCUACCAAAUCAUACACUGACUUUGAAAAUCGGUUCACCAGUAAUGUUAAUGAGAAAUAUUGACCAUUCUCUUGGUUUGUGCAAUGGAACUCGGUUGAUAAUCACAAAGCUAGCAGACCAUGUUAUUGAAGGCGAGAUUCUGACUGGUCCUAACAAAGGUACAAAACUGUUGAUUCCCCGAAUGUCAAUGUCACCCUCUGAUCCAAGAUUGCCGUUCAAGUUUCAACGAAGGCAGUUUCCAUUGAUGCUUUCAUAUGCAAUGACCAUAAACAAAAGUCAAGGUCAAACGUUGACUCAUGAAAAUGACCAAGCAAAUGAAGCUGAAAGUCCUCUACAAGUUGUUGCACAGAGGCUGAAUGCAGAGAACACCAUUGAGAAUGGCACUGUCAAGAGGUCCCUGAUUGAUGAAUUUUCCAGCACACAAAGUUCUAAACAAAGCAAGGAAGCUGUGGUCAAAAUGGAGAAAUAA